UGCGACGCCCCCGGCUCCACGUGGAGGAGAAGCGUGGAUCCCGCUGCGAUGGAGCUUCCUCUGGAUUAUGAGCAGAUUAAAAAGGCAGCCCAAGCACUGCUUGCAUACAAUGCAAAAAAGCAAAAAACCGCUGAGAAACUGCUGUUGAACGAGGACCGGAACAUGUUUUUGAUGAUCACCGUCUGGAAGAUCCCUCCACGUGAGCAAGUCAUCAAAAUAGCACUGCCCCAUGGUAUCCUGCCUGAAACAUCUGAGGUUUGCCUCUUCACGAAGGAUGAGCCUGGUUUAACGGCUGAACAGACAGAGAAUAUGUACAAGAAGCUCCUGUCCCAGCAUGGGAUCACAAACAUCACUGAGGUCAUCCCCUACAAAACACUCAAAAAGGAAUACAAGCCUUUUGAAGCCAAGCGUCGCCUCCUGGGGCGCUUUUCUCUCUUCCUCUCGGAUGACCGGGUUCGAAGGCUUCUGCCGUCACACUUGGGGAAGCACUUCUAUAAGAAUAAAAAGGCUCCUCUGUCAGUGAACUUGAAAGCCAAGGAUCUGGCCAAGGAAAUAAACAGACUCAUUCAAGGAACAAUCCUUCCAGUCACCAACAAGGGGUGUUGCUACACCGCACGCAUCGGCCACACCGGCAUGGAAGCCCACAAGAUAGCGGAAAAUGUUGUUGCGGCUGCAAAGGUGAUGGCCGUCAAAGCUCCACAGAUUUGGAAAAGUGUAAAAAUCUUUCACCUCAAAACAGACAAAUCGGUUGCCCUUCCCAUCUUUACCUCUGCUGAUCUUAAUACUGAGUGUUUGCAAGAACAGACAGGUGCAAAAGUCAAACAGAAAAAGAGAGAGAAAAACAGGGCUAAGAAGAACCCUCCAGGUAAAACCAAAACCGCUGCGGAAGCGGAAGGCAGUGGUGUCCCUGCUGCCGGAACACAAGGCGAGGAGGUGGCAAAGCCCUCUGCCAUGGCGGAAUUGGAGCAGGAGGAUGGAGAAAUCCCACAGCUGGUUCCAAUUGAAACGUCUCCUGGUGAGAAAAGGGAAGAGGUGGUGAAGCCUAGUCCUGAAAAAGAGAUCAAAGCAGUCACAAAAGGCUCGACUUCUCUCCUUGGAAAGAGGAAGGCCUUCCCACGUUCAGAGACUCCUCUAGCACAGCAAGCAACGCCUGUGGAGGCACCGAACCAGCAGAAACCAAAGCCGCUCCGAAAAGACAAGGAGCCCAAGGCCCAAAAGCAAGGAGCCCUGGAAAAGAAGACUCCUCAGAAACCCACUGGAAAGCUUCCAGCAACUCCUAAAGCGAGAAAGGCCGGACAGUCAGCCAAGAAAGCACCCAGAUCCCCAAAACAAGUACCUAGGAAGGCCAAAGCUGCCCAGUCAGCAUGAGGCUUGCUUAGCUCAUCGAGUGGCGUUCUUUGGCGUAAAGGCAUUUGGUGAUUUCGUGCCAAAGGCACCGCCUGUUUCCAGCUCCCUGUAGCCACCCUUCCUCAGCCACCAGCUGUGGCUUUGUUUCCAGCCUCUAGGAGCAGGGCUGAAAUAUUCAUCAGCUUUAUCUGAAUCUGUGAAGUCACACCUGACUUUCCAAUAACUUUUCUGCUGUACUGUACUGAAUGAAUUUUUAUAUGAAUAGAACAUUUGCAACAGAUAAUAUAAGAAACAAACAUUAAAAUCCUUGGAGCCCUUC